ACGUCGACCGCCAGAACUACCGCCAUCGAUAUUAACAUCAACUCGGCUUGGCUCGCGUCCAAUCUGUGACCGCUUUGUCGAACGAAGGAUCUGCACACAGCGAUGCUUGGUUGCUAGAACCCGCCCAAACUUCUUGAUCCGGGAGGGAUUGCAGAGAUGCAGGCCCAGGCUUCGCAAAGGUCGAUUCAACGGAGGUCACCUGUUACUGAUCCAGCACCUCCUCCAUCCGAACUGGCAAAUCUGGUUCGGCCGAUGUCUCCUCCUGUUAACGUUCCACAUCCGCGAGCCUCGACUUCAUCCGCGACCUCGAACCAGAGUGGCAGCAUGAGUAGGAGGCACAAUGCCGGUCAAACCUCCCAGAGUGGCCAAAGUGCGCCUCCACUAUCUCAGAUCGAAAAGAGUGUGACCCAUCUCCUCGUCGCUACGAAGCAGCUCCUCGAAACCCUCACGCAAUGGUCUCGACACCAGGCAACAGAUGCGCAAGUAUCCGAUGUAUACGUAAGAUUGGGAUAUGAGUUCAACAUUGCGUGCAGAGCUUUCACGGCGAUCAACGUCGAUACAGCAGACCUGGGCAACGUUCCAGAGCUAUUACGGCACAUCCUCGAGUCAACACUUAGUCAGGAAGCAAGCGUCGAAAGCUUAGAGAAAUACCUUCCCCGAAUCAGAGAUAUCAUUAUUAAUUUACUGCACGGCUUGAAACGAAAGCAGCAGAAGCUCCGACAGAAGCAGUCGCGGGAUGCUCAAAAUGGAGAGGCACCCUUGCCCAGGAAUGUCAGUGUCAGCAGCGCUGGGAGUGCCAAUACCGGGCUCACUACGCUCCUAGAUCAGGGACUCUCAAAUAACUUUCAUGGUGAUGGCAAUGCAGCAGAUAACCGGGAUAGCUCGGCGUCAAUAGCAAAUUCGGGUGGGGUGCCGCCGCGGACAUCUUCAGCAACCACGGGCCGGCGGGGCUUCCCCUCAAGGGGUCAAUCUCGCGAUUCCACAUCUUCUGGCCAGUCAUCAUUAUCAAGCACAACAAUGCAGAAUAUGCCUGUCCUUCCACCAUAUGCUGGAGAAGAAGGACGGGCGCCCGCUCGUGCAGUCUCAGGGGAGUUUAGCGUGGAUUCCUUCCCACCACCUCCUCCGCCACCAAAGCAGCAAAAUGCCCUUGCAGCCUUGCAGCGAGGCGGAGAUCUCGAGAGACGAGCGUCGAGAAGAUACUCGGCGUACCAGCUAUCCAAGCAUCUUGGUGCAUCUCCCAAUGGUUUGCCUAUGCUUCCACCCACGCAGAAUUCGCCCAUACCAAACAGGGGCCGGAAUGAUGCUCGAGAAUCUAUGAGAGCAGUUCAAACUCGAGGAGACCAAGGACACAAGCGCCAAAAUUCCAGUCGGAUAGUCGCUGACGUCUCACCAGCACGGGUCUCAAGGCAAAGCCCGGACGAAGUGACAAGACCUCAGGUGUUAGAACCUCCUAACGAAGCAGGACGGAAUGAUAGUCCAAUAGCGAAGACUCCGGACGACAAGCUCAGGAAAUCCUUCGACUUCGAGGGCCCAAGCGCAACUUUACAAGGACCCCCUACUGGUGCCCCAGAUGCCCUUCCAGCAUUCUCUCCGGUAGAAACUGGGAGAAAAGAUAACGGGAGUCCAACACAAACCCAACGGCCUAGCACAUCAACAAAUGAGAGUGGAAGCCAAGAAAGACAAUUUACACCAGAACAAUCGCCUCCUCCUGACAAAGAGUUAACACUUUUCCUGCAAUACAAAACAAAAGUGAAGAAGUUUGUCCUGGCAGAUGGGUACAAGGAUCUUUCUAUUGCACGACUACAGCUGGCCUUCAUAGAGAAAUUCGCUUGGAAUACUCAUAACAAUGGAGUUGACCUGCCAGAGAUCUAUAUUCAGGAUCCUGUGUCUGGUGUGCGGCAUGAGCUUGAGGAUCUCAAUGAUGUCAAAGAUCGGUCUGUGCUUGUUUUAAAUAUAGAGAUCCUGGACGAGGUAAAACGGCAUAUUGACGAUGGCAUUGGGGGGCUAAAGCGAAUCGUCGAAGGCGUGAAAACGGCAGUUGAUGAUCAGCAAGCCAGCAUACAACGGGUUUCGGAUCGUCAGCAAGAUGCUGCAAAAGAGAUAGCGCGGCUAGCUGCUGCUAGGCCUGUUUCGGUGCAGCCGUCCAUUAUGCGCAACCAACAGGUGAACGGUUCAACUUCAAACCUAUCGAAAGUCAAUAGUGAUGAUCAAAUGAGCGAGGUCCAGAGUCUACGCCGAGACCUGGCUGUUCUGCGACAGACAUAUUCCGCCUUCCAAUCCGACAUUCAGAGUUCAAUGUCUCUCAUCCGCACAAAAGCCAACUCAGUCAAGAGUGUCGCUAUCAAAGCAGCUAUUCCCGACAUUGAAGGCGAAUCUGGCCGUGCCUAUGUCAAUGCUGGUAAGAAGACGCUCAAUGAUGAUUCUGACAGACUUGUUGGCCAAGUCGACGACCUCCAGGAUAUUGUCGAAGAUCUCCGUAAAGAUGUUGUUCUUCGUGGUGUCCGGCCCCUUCCCCGCCAACUUGAGACAGUGGCCAAGGAUAUAGCUCAGGCCACCCAAGAGCUCAAGAAGAUGCAGGACUUCCUUAAACGUGAGCGUCCUGUUUGGACCAAGAUCUGGGAGAAGGAGUUGGAGACCGUAUGUAAUGAUCGUGAGGAGAUGACCAUGCAGGAAGACCUGGCUGCAGAUCUACAAGAUGAUCUUGAGAAGGCAAGUCAAACCUUUGCGCUUGUUGAACAGGCUACAAAGGAACAGAUGAAGGAUUCCCCUGGUACAACUCGUGUGCGCGGGCUGAAUCACGUGGUUGCUGCUGAUCCCGCAAUUGCGAAAGAGGGCGUGCUUGACGAAGUUCGUGCUCUUCAACCCAACCACGAGAAUCGCUUGGAAGCCAUUGAGCGUGCGGAAAAGCUGCGCCAGAAAGAGCUCGAGAGUCGACGAGGAGGCGAGUUUCAAAAAGAGCUCGGGAACUUCGUGGAGGAAGGCAGAUUGAAGAAAGCCGGUGGCUACGAGGAGGUCGAAAGAGCGAGAAGGGCGAAAGAUGAAAAGAUCCGGAAAGAGGUUUGGGAAAGACAGAACGGAAUGACGCAAGCAGAUGCUGUUGCAGAACCGACUCCAGAGCCCACUGACGAAGAGCUUGGCAAUGAGGGAGCUGGUGAGACUGCGGGUGAGACUGCGGGCGAGACCGCAGGCGAGAAUACAGAGGAAGCUCCUCCAGUUGAUAUCUGAGAGGUGUGAGGGGAGACGGAAGAGGGAGAUGACCUGCAGCUUCAAUUCUUGUCACUUAUUUCCUUAUCUGCCCUUUUCUUUAAUUGCUUUAUGAUUGGGUUCCGGAUGAUGGUUUACGUUGCGUUCUUUCAGCAGGGCGUUCGGCAAAGGAGGGAUUACCCAUUCUGUCAAGUACAGAAUAGCCCUCUUCAGAAUGAGGAAGGGAUUCAAGGGCGAUUUGCUAUUUGCUUUUGCCCCCCAAAUUUAGUUCUCAAACCCCGUUUUAAACAUACAAGGAGUAAAUUGAAAUGUAGUGCCUGCUGC